AUCGGACGGUGCAGCGUAGCUCAAAGAUGAGCUGGCACAUCUACUCCGCCGAGUCGUCAGUCCCUAUAAAGGGAGGAUGGGUGGUACUCUUCUCGUUCCGUGGCUGCUGCGGGGGGCCGAAAAGGAAAGAAAAAGGAAAACCCAAUGCCCCAAUACCGAGUCGUCGCCGCUCCGCCCCCAAAUCUUGGAGGAUGGAUCUGAACCUCUAUUUGGGUCUGCCUCGUUCUCCGCCUUCUCGAAGUCGCGAUCUAGGGUCUGAUCUCUCACUCAACUCGUUGCCCUGGUCGUCUCCUACCACCACCGUCGAGGAAAGGGGUUCUUCGAUUCCUAUGUCUGGCGCUGUGGAACCAUCGGAGUCGCAUCCUCCGUACUCUCCCUCCCACGAGGAGUACAACCCUGAGUUGCCGGUUGCUCUUCCGGAGGAUAGUGAUGGCACUCCGGACCCCCCCUACUACCCCUCUUUUGGGCGAUAUUGGCAGUUUGGACUAUCCCCUGAACCUGAAGGAGCUGAUGCCUCGUACUCUCCUCCGAUUCUCCAUUCCUUACCGGCUUCACAGGACACUGAAGAACGCUCAGUUCAGGAUGUCAACCCUCAAACUCUUUAUGAUCCUACAUCGCCACCGACAUUCCCAUAUGCUGCCGUGGCUUAUUUGCCGCCAUAUUUUACUGGCUCCACAAGCUCACAAGAACAUGAAACAGCUAGCUUUAGCCUUUAUCCAGCACUUUCUUCUCCAACUCGUGAAUUCCUGCCUGUGGAAGGUGGAACGUCGUCGCAGCCUGAGCUUCUUCGGCCAUCAGAUUCUUGCUUCAGGAGGUUCCUCGACACUAGUCAUCGACGGCCAACCAGAAGAUUUCGGUCUACACUUCUGCAGGUCGGAGAGAGAUUUAGUUUUGGAUCCCCGUCAUUACCUAAUACUGAGCUGCCAGUUCCUGAUGUAGUCAUCUCCCAAAGACCUUCGGAAUGCAAUGGGAAACAUAAAGUAAAGACCGAAAACACUCCAGCAGAUGCUUCAGAAGAGGAAGGUGAAGACAAAGGAAGAAAUGUUGCUAACUUUGAGUGUAAUAUCUGUUUUGAUAUGGCUGGAGAACCUGUUGUUACAUCAUGUGGUCAUUUAUUUUGCUGGCCAUGUUUAUAUCAGUGGCUGCAUGUCCAUUCAGAACAUAAGGAAUGCCCUGUAUGCAAGGGAGAGGUAAAUGAAUCAAAUAUCACACCUAUUUAUGGUAGAGGGAGUUCACAAUCAAGUGCUGAGAAGAAAUGCGCGGAAGAUGGAGAUUCUACUCUUAAAAUACCACCAAGGCCAAGUGGAAAUAGAUUAGAGAGCUUUAGGCAGCAAUUUUGGCCUGUUUCAAGGAGACUGGGUGAGGGAAUUGCGGCAACAUGGAGACGCUUUCUGGAUCAGCAUUUGCAUACUGGCAGUAGAUAUGAAUCACACGCAGACCCAAAUCUCCAAGAAUUGUAUGAAAAUGUGCAACGCAGAGCUUUAAUUAGGCUCAGGGCAAGAAGAUUGCAAAGGGAUAUGAAUUCCGAAGGUGGAUCCAUAGCUGGAGACCUUGGACAGCCUGCAAACAAUGUGCCUAACUCAAACAGAAGUACGACAGAUUCUAUUUUUAGAGAUGGUGUUGAUCUUUGGCACCAAUUUAUGCAUGAACGUGGCACUGAUCGCUUAACUUCUAUCGCAGCUGACUUUGAGAGAGUAGUUGGAAGGUUGAAUCGCAACGAUGGAAAUGGUGCUUCUACAUCGGUUGAUCCUCCAACUACUGAAGCUCUCACUAGCAGGCCUCUAGCUGAAGUAGCAUUGUCUGCUGAUCAGGUCUCUGCUUCUAGCACCAUGGCUGUGAUUCAAGGUGAUGUUGUUACUUCUGAGGCCCCAGCAGAACCUCAAAGUGUGGGAUCAUCUCCAAACAGGAGGAGGAGAGGUAGAAGCAGCACAUCUGGUUCUUAUGAUGUUGAUGGAGGCACACUUCACUCAUUUAAGAGAAGAAGAUUGAACUAAGUCAUCUAGGCUUGUUGUUUAGGCUAGUUCUGCUUUUUCGCCUCUUUGUUGGGUUGUGUGCUUAGAUAAAUCCAGUGGACUUUUAUUCUUAGUUGGUUGUAUAUUUUUUUAAUCUUAAUUUGAUAAUCAUGGUAUCAGAUUGCUAUUUU